UUGGACAACCUGCUCCAGUGUGGCAUCAUUUAUGCUGACAACCUGGUGGUUGUGGAUAAAGAAAGUACAAUGAGUGCUGAGGAAGACUACAUGGCAGACGCCAAGACCAUUGUCAAUGUCCAGACUAUGUUUAGAUUGUUCCCCAGUCUCAGCAUUAUCACCGAGCUCACCCAUCCAUCCAACAUGAGGUUCAUGCAGUUUCGAGCAAAGGACUGCUACUCCUUAGCACUUUCCAAACUGGAGAAGAUAGAGCGUGAUAAGGGCUCCAACCUGGCCUUCAUGUUCCGCCUGCCGUUCGCUGCUGGCAGAGUGUUCAGUAUUAGCAUGCUGGAUACACUGCUUUACCAGUCAUUUGUUAAAGACUACAUGAUAGCUAUUGCAAGACUUCUCCUCGGUCUGGACACCACGCCGGGCUCUGGAUACCUAUGUGUCAUGAAGAUCACAGAGGAGGACCUUUGGAUCAGGACUUACGGCAGACUCUUUCAGAAGCUUUGUUCGUCUAGUGCAGAGAUUCCGAUAGGACUCUACCGCACUGAGUCACAUGUGUUCUCCAUGUCUGAGUGCAAGCAGACCUAUGCAGAGUCUCAGGUGUCCAUCAACACAGUGCAGGGGGAGGAGCACCGUGAGUGCACAGAGUCCUGGAAGGAGAAGACAGCUUACCGAACUCAGCCACGAGUGACCAAUCAGAGCGCCCACUUCUGAGGAAGAAGAGCAUGCAGUGGGCACGGCGUCUGAGCAGGAAAA